UAUUGUAUAUUAGUAAUAAAAGAAAACUAGUUUUAAUGUCGUAAAUCAUAACAAAAUCUCGAGAGGGAAAUAUGGCCGCAGCCACGCGGAGCGAAGUAUUAAGUUUGUACAGACUUUUACUUCGAGCAGGGAGGCAGUUUACUGAUUACAACUACAGAAAUUACGCUCUGCGUAGAGCACGAGAUGCGUUCCACGAAAACAAAACCGUUGCAGACAAACAAAAGAUUCAGGACCUUGUUAACGAGGCCAAGAAGAAUCUUGAGAUAAUCAAACGACAGGUGAUUAUCGGACAGAUGUACGGACACGGUAAACUGAUUAUCGAGUCUCAGGAGAAGGUGCAAGAUGUCCGAUGAACGUUGGUACGCCCCGUGAUCCAGUGUUCUAGUGAAACUGCCUGGUGAUCAAACAACCGGUGACCGGCCUUGAUCCCAAAACAAUGCGUGUGCGGAGAAGUGGUGUUGGCUAAUUGAUGUUGUUAUUUGUUAUUAAUCGUGUCUUGAUGACAGUGUAUCACU